AUGUCGCCCCGGGACGUAGUAGCAGCAUCGGACUCCGUUCCGCUCUCCUACCGCCUCCUGCUCACCGUGGUCGAGCCGCUGUUUGCCGUCAGCGGCGCGAUGCUGGUGCUCCUCGCGCCCGAGAGGUACCUGUCGACGGUGACGCGCCACGGGGGCACGUUUGCCGCCGGGUCGACCUUCCUGUAUACUUUGCUUGGGGGCGCCUGGCUGUACUUUGCGUUUGUCGAGGCCGUCGUGAUGCGCGCCUGCGACGACGUGCGGCUCUGGCGGCUCUUGUGCGCCGGCAUGCUGGUCAGCGAUGUCGCCUUUUGCCACGCGGCCGCGCAGGCCGUCGGCGGCUGGACGAGCUGGGCUGACCUGUCGGCCUGGAUGCUGGACGAUCAUUUGGUGUUUUGGGCCACCGUGCCCUUCUUGGUCGUUCGUGUCUUGGUUGUUCUUGGCAUCGGCGUCGGACCGCGGGGCAAGGGUCCAAAGUCGGAGUAG